AUGCUGCCCAAGAGUGACAUCAGGAGCCUGGAGAAGGGACCAUAUUGCUGUAGCAACCAGGAUGCCCUGGGCUUGCGGAAGAAAAGAAUUUUUUUUCCUUUGGCAGCUGUGGCAAGCCCCCUUUUGUGGCAGAAGGACUGCGUGAAGGGUCCUGAGGUGUGGUGUCAGAGUCUUCGGACAGCAUCACAAUGUGGAGCUGUGAAACACUGUCAGCAGACUGUUUGGAGCAAGCCUACUGCAAACAGUAUCCCCUGUGACUUGUGUAAAGAACUUGUAACAGUGGCUGGCAAGGUUUUGAAGGACAAUGGCACAGAGGAAGAGAUCCGUUCUUACUUGGAGAAGACAUGUGAGUUUCUUCCUGACCAAGGCCUUGUCUCUGAGUGCAAAGAAAUUGUGGAUUCCUACCUACCAGUUAUCAUGGAUAUGAUCAAAGAAGAGCUAGAUAAACCUGAAGUAGUAUGCAGUGCCCUUUCAUUGUGCCAGUCCCUUCAGAAGCACCUUGCAGCAAUGAAACUUCAGAAGCAGCUCCAGUCCAAUAAGAUACCAGAGCUGGACUUCUCUGAACUGGCUUCUCCGUUCAUGGCUAACGUGCCUCUUCUCCUUUACCCUCAGGACAAACCCAAGCAAGAGUCUAAGGUGACUGGAGAUGUAUGCAAAGACUGCAUUCAGCUAGUUACUGAUCUUCAAGAAGCUGUGAGGACAAACUCAUCUUUUGUGAAGUCUUUAGUGGCUCAUGCCAAGGAUGAGUGUGACCGUUUGGGACCUGGAAUGUCUGAUAUGUGCAAGAAUUAUAUCUCUGAAUAUUCUGACUUGGCCAUUCAGAUGAUGAUGCACAUGAAGGAUCAGCAACCAAAGGACAUUUGUGCCAUGGUUGGGUUCUGUCCUUCCUUGAAAUCUGUCCCUCUUCAGACGCUAGUGCCGGCUCAAGUGGUUCAUGAAGUAAAAAUGGAAACUGUGGAGAAGACAUCGGUUCAAGAGAAAACAUUUUCUUUGUGUGAAAUAUGUGAGACCAUGGUGAAGGAAGUGACUGGCCUGUUGGAGAGCAACAAGACAGAGGAGGAGAUUGUACAUGAAAUGGAAGUGAUCUGUUACCUGUUCCCAGCAAGUGUCAAGGACCAGUGCAAGGACUUCAUAGACGUCUAUGGCCAGGCUGUGAUUGACAUGCUCUUGGAAGCAACAAAUCCAGAAACUGUGUGCAUUAUGCUGAAGUGCUGUGCAACCAACAAGCCUCCUCAGCCAGUUUUAGUGAAACCUGCAGGUGGCUUCUGUGACGUGUGCAAGAUGGUGGUAGCUUAUGCAGACAAAGAGCUGGAGAAGAAUGCCACCUCAGCUGAAAUUGAGGCAUUGCUGGACAAAGUCUGUCACUUCCUACCGGAAUCUGUCAGUGACCAGUGCGUUCAGUUUGUGGAGCAAUAUGAACCGGUGGUUGUGCAACUCCUGGCACAGAUGAUGGAUCCUACUUUUGUCUGCACUAAACUAGGAGUCUGUGCAUCAGCUAAACAGCCUCUCCUAGGGGAAGAUGCUUGUGUCUGGGGUCCAGGUUACUGGUGUAAGAACAUGGAGACUGCUGCUCAGUGCAGUGCCGUUGAUCACUGCAAACGUCACGUGUGGAACUAGAAGAAGUAUUUCCAGUUUUGAAAGCUUGCUGUGACGCCUGAAAAUGUGGGCUGAGUUGGUGGAGAGAGGUGCAUCUGAAAUAUCCCUCCUCUGCCUUGUUAACAAUUUGACCUUCAAGUUCCUUUAUUGUAACUUUUCUGUAGCAGUGCUGCUGUUGAAGGAUCAGAUCUUCAUUGUUCACUUAAAGAUAUUUCUGAUUGUACAGUUUAACUCAUUAUGCUCCUAAAAAUAGUCAGUGUUGUAGAUUUAAUUGGUAGGCUGAAAUGUUUUUAGGUGCUGAGAAGAAUGGCAGCAAAGGUGAAAUGAGACAAGGCUAUUAUCUUUUAAUUAAAGAAAAGAACAAGACAGUGGCUAAAUUUUCAAGUGUCUUUCUGUAGUCGGCAUUUGGAAGAUCACAUGCUUUGCAUUUUUAACAUCUCUGGAAUACUAACUUACUGUAACUGUAGGGGAACUCUAAGGGGUAAUGUUGAGUCCUUGACUCCCUUUAGCUGGAAUUUUCAAAGCUUUACAAAUGUGGGAGGGGACUUUAUGCGCCCAGCAACUUUCAAAGUAACUGGCACAAAAAAGUGCAUUUGCAUUUGAGUGACCACAUUUAGGACCUGUGGUGGUAUAGCUAAGGAAACCCUUGGUCAACAUUUGAAUCAUGUCUUUUUUCUUUCCUUGGGCCACUUGGUCUAAAUAUGGGUGUUCCACUGUCGGGCCCUGUAGAGACUUUUGGGGCAUGUUGACAUAGUUAGGGAAUGGCUCCCUUUUUUCUUUUAGUGGUUCAAUUCUGCUUAGUCAUGCAGCUAGCCUGGGAGAGGGAGGCUGAAAGGGCUAGUUGAUAAAAGAUGAAGGCAGGGUGGGGAAGGCACUAGGGUCUGUGCAUAUGUCAAAGUUCAGUACAGAAGGCAGCAUGCAUGGAAAAUGGUUUAAUUGUAAACUACACUCUUUUUUUGUUGUUCUGUCAUAGCAUGUUUCAGUCCUAAAACUUUAGAGGAGCUAUAAGGCUUGCUGGCAGGUUCCAUUCCUGCCAUGCAUUUAAACUGUCGCUCCUCCUGAAUAGUGUCAGUGGUUUUUUUUCUCCUGGAGUUUUCAAGCAGCAAUGGGAAUGCAUCUAAGUCACCAUCAGCAGCCUCUGCUUGCUGAAGUACUGUAGUAAGUGCUUGUCAGCUCUGGUGUGCCUGACGACCCUCCUUUAUGCAUGUGCGGUAGAAAGAAUCCCACUAAAAUGGCCCUAACUUCUAUUAUCUGUGCAUCACAGAUUCUCUAUCUAAAGUUUUAACUCUUCCCCUACUAAACCUUCUACUGUACCAGCUUGGCUAUUAGAGUAGUGGAAAGAUGCCCGGGAACUUCUAGGCUUACAGAAGCCUAGAGAAAUGAUGUCUCAAAUUGUUUGCGGUGCCUGAGCGUGUCUUCAUGCCUGUGCGUUGCUGAGCGUAGAACAAGAAGCCUGGUUAUGGAAGACUCUCAUGGCAGGCUGUUACCCAGGGAACAAGUCAGGCCUUUGAGGUGUAGGAGGGCGUUAAGAGUCAUGGUUCUGUGGCUUGCCAUGGACUGUGUAGCUCUAACCAGUGGGAAGUGCUUAAUUCUGAAUGAGGUAACUCCCAAAAUGCAGGCCCCAAAGUAGCUCUGAGAAGACCUUUGGAAAGGACAAAGUGGGCAGAGGUAGAGCUUUGGAAAUUCCAGUCCUAUUCGAAAAGGUGCCAGCAACUGCUUCUCUGUGUGGUGGCUUGGGUGAGGUGGGAGCUCUAGUAAUAAUGCUUUAGGAACAAGCAAACUAAUUUUCAUGGCGUUUAACUCGAAACCACUCAUCUGCAGCUUUUUAUUACUUGUACAUACUAAAUGCCUGGGCAGUGAUGACAGAUCUCAAUACUGGUUUGUCUUUCCUGUUUGUAUUUGUACAGAACUCAAGUGUGCAUAGCUUUUAAAAAAAAAAGUCCCUGUAAAACCUGAAGCUUUCUGUCUUGGCAGGUUUGUGCAGUGGUUCCAGUGGUGUCUCCUAAUCAGGGUAGAUAGGCUAGGUAGACAAUGGGCUCUCUUCAGCAUUGUUGCCCUGGAGGUGUACAGGUGGUGUUACACCACACCAUGUAGUAUGGUCUUCAGUCUUUUAAAGUGGGUGGCAUUCUUUGACAUGGAUUUGUGGGGUUGGGGUGGAGUUGACCCUUGCUCUUGUAGGUGGGCAAAGUUUUAAUUUUCUUGGUUUUUAGUAUUGAACAGUUUGUGUUGGCAACCUCUAGGGCAAGGUGAAUUGGGGAAGCCCUGUGCCGAUGCAGGGAAUCUCUUUAGUUUUCUCACUUCCCGUGGAAUGUUGCACCUGACCUGCUUGAGUUGUGUGGGGGGAUAUGUGGUUGCUUUAAAGAAUUUUUUUGCACAAAGGCUUCUUUAAUGAACAAUAAACUUCUGUAAACCAA